CACUCGGCCGUCAGCGCGUUCCGGCCGAGCUGAGCUGCCCAGUCGGCGCGCACCAGUGUUUGAAAAGCGCGCGCGCCCCGCGGACAUGCUCGGGCUCCGCGGCCACGGCAAGGCGCUGCUGCUGGGCGCGGGCGAGCGCCCACCCCGGCCGCGGCCGCGGCACAGCUGGGUGAGUCCUGGCCGUCACACACUCGUGGCGGUGCGGGCGCCGCCGCCGCCCCGUGACGGCCGCCUGGUGUGGCCCGCCGUCCGCCCGGCGCUCCUCACGACGCAGGUCUGCUCGCUGCUGCUCAUCUCCCUGGAGCCGACGACGACCAGGCUGUCGUGGCUGCGCGUGGCCUUCGCCGUCCUGGUGGCCGUCCUCGUCAUGGCCAUGGGCUGCGCCGUCGAGGUCCGCGCCGGCACCUCCAACAAGAGGAGCACCCCUUUCGGGCACUACGCGGCCCUCUUCAACUACGCGAUGUGCCUGGCGCUGGUGCUGCUGUGGGCGCGCGCCGCCAACCGCUGCUCGGCGCUGUGGGAGCGCGUGGACGAGCUGGAGGCGCGCCUGUGGGCGCGCGGGGUGCACCGCCUGCCGCGCCUGCGCCGCCACGCGCUCGCCGUCACCGGCGUCGUCUUCCUCGUCCUCAUCCCGCAACAGGCGUUCGUCGUGUGGCGGCGGCUGCCGCUGCGGGGGCUGUUCCACCUGGGCCAGCUGGUGAGCGGCGUGUGCAUCGCGGGCGUGUUCAACUUCAGCGCGCUGCUGCUCAUGGUGCUGAGCGAGGUGCUGGCCGAGUGCUUCCGCGCGCUCGCCUCCCUGAUACGCCGCACCGCCGCCCAGAGCGGCAACAGGAUCCCGCCGGAGGUGGUGGAGGGCGUCCGCGUGUUGUACAAUGAGGUCUGCGGCCUGGCGCGCACCCUGGACCACAGCGUGGGCGCCAUCUUCAUGUCGACCCUCGUCGCGGACGGCUUGUACAUCUGCCAGUUCCUCCUCAGCAUCCUGACGAGGGCGGCGGGACGGAGCCUGUACUCGGCCGCGACCCUGGCCGUGGUGGCCGCCAGGUUCUUCCUCACGAUCUUCGCCGCGUCCUCGGUGCACGGCGAGUGGCGGUCGGCGAGGUCCUGCCUGCUGAGGACGUCCCCGUACAGGAGCGGCAAAGAGGUUUUGCGCUUCUUCAUGCAGGUGGCCACGGACAGAGUGUCACUGACGGCGCUGGGAGUCGUACCCAUCACUAGGCCUCUCAUGCUUGCGGUAAGCAGAACGCGCGUUUUAUGUCCUGAAAAUACUGCCCAACCGGGCCGUGACGUAAAAAAGAGCCCCCUCUCUUAUAAUUUCAGUUAUUGGGCUCCAUAUUGUCUUAUGAGAUCGUCCUUGUGCAGUUCAACAACAAUAACAGCUAAGCUAGAAUAGAACCGUUGAAUAUAUUUUUUAAAUGUUUUAAUAUCAAGCAAAAAAGUUUUUGUACGUUUGUUUCAGUUUUAAGUAAUUUAUAGUACGAUUAUGGCGGGCACUUCCCGGGUGGAAGAAUUAGUAGUUCGAACUAUAUGCGACUUCAGUAGUUAAACUUCGUUGGAAUCUGAAGUUUGGACGCAUUUUAUUUCUAAACAAACUUUACUGCAGUUGUAAACGUUGUGCAUUUCAA